AAGAACCAUCGGAACAGAGACAGUUUGAGCGUCUAAUCGUCGCCGUUGCCGUCGCCGUAGAAACUCCAGAUCUCACUCCUCCGGUCAGGCAAGUCUUCAUCUUCUCCAUCCUUUUCAUUUCCUAAUCAUAGUUUCGUUAAUCACCGGCACAAAUUCGCAAACCAGAAGCAAUUGAGCCAUGAUUACACAUAUCUGCAGAAACUUCAUCUCUUACUCUAUCCAAAACAGUAAGAACCAUUCCAGUCUCUUCACACUCCACAGUUCUAUCUCUCUUAGAAACUUCUCAUCAUCCUCAUCCUCAUCCUCAACCUCUCAUCCUCCUUCUAGAUCUGACAGUCGUGUUGACGCCAUCGAAUACUUGAAUACUCGUCACAACUUCUCCGCGGAGAUCGCAUCGAAGCUUUCCUCAAUUUGUCGCUCUAUAGAUCCAGAGAAAUGCGACUCCGUAAUCUCAAUUUUCAAAAAUAACGGAUUCUCUCAAACUGAUCUGGAGCGAAUCGUAGUCCGGCGACCUAACAUUAUAUCCGCAAGCCCGGACAAAACUGUAGAGCCGAAAAUCAAGCUAUUUCUCGACUCCGGUUUCUCUCCAGCGGAGACUGCAGAUCUCAUUGUUAUGGAUCCCGGGAUUUUGAAUCGAAGCACCGAUCAUCUCUACACCACGAUUGUCAAAUUGAAGGAGAUUUUAGGUCAGGUUGGUAAAGUCUACAAGUUUUUGAAAGUUGGUAGGUUUCCAUCAGCUCCUUUGGAGAAGAAUGUGAUUCCAAAUAUCAAUUUGUUAAAGAGUUUUGGAGUGAAAACGGAACAGAUUCUUAGAUACAUGUCGAAAUAUCCAAGGAAUUUCGUAGUUCGAACAGAGAAGAUGAUGGAACAUGUGAAGAAAGCUGAGGUUCAAUUAGGUUUCAAUAAAGGGUGCAAUAUGCUUCUUCCAGCCAUAAGAAUCCUUGGUUCAAUGUCAAAGGUGAAAUGGGAGAGUAAAUUGAAGGUUUUUAGAGGAUUAGGUUUUAGAGAAGAUGAAAUAGGUCAAAUGAUAAGGAGAAUGCCUCAAGUGGUUGGGGUUUCAGAAGCAAAGAUGAAGGAGAUAACACAGUUUUUAGUAAGUAGUGGAGAAACUGAUUUGUCUAUCAUUGCUCAAUACCCUAUUCUGCUAAUGUUCAGUUUGGAGAAGAGAUUAAAGCCGCGUUUAGAAGUGCUUGAAGCUUUGAGGAGCAGGAAGAAGAAGAAGAGUAAGAUUUUGGUUGUUGAUAAACAUAAUUUGGUAACAUUUUGCUUGUUGUCUAAUGCUGAUUUCAUGAAUAAAGUUGUUCUUCCUCAUUCAGAUAUAUUAUCGCCUUCUUUAUUGAAUUCUAAAUUGGAAUUCUAGAAUAGAAUUGAACUUAUCUUUCAGGGUUUUGGCUGGUUUAAAGUCACAAACUGGAUGUGCUUCCAAUUGCCAAUCUAUUGGUAUGUUUUCUAAUUCAAUACAGACAGAAUGACAUCAAAUUAUUGAGUCCAUUUUGAAACUAUACAUUUUUAGAAUAAAUUGUUUGUAGUUGUUCAUUGGGUUAUAUGCCAAAUGAAGUUGUAAUUGGAUUAUC